CAACCUGCAUAAAGAACCCCAGAACCUGCAUGAGCUGCGAGUUUUCCUUGGGAUGACAGGGUGGUGCCAUCUGUGGAUCAUGGAUUAUGGACUAAUUGCAAAACCCCUGUAUGAAGCCCAGAAGACACAACCAUUUACCUGGGGCAAACCACAGAAGGAGACCUUCCUCAAACUGAAGAAAGCAUUGACAACAGCUCUGGCAUUAGGAUUGCCUGAUUUACCCAAAGAUAUUCACCUGUUUGUGCAUGAAAGAUCACACCUAGCACUGGGAGUGCUGACCCAACCUUUGGGAAGCUGGAAAAGGCCGGUAGGCUACUUCUCCAAACAACUUGACAACGAGAGUGCCGGAUGGCCUUCGUGCCUGUGGGCAGUCGCAGCCACUGUGAUGCUGAUACAAGAGGUUAGGAAACUCAUGAUGGGUAGAGACAUAGAUGUCUACGUGCCACACAUGGUGACCACUGUUUCAGAACAAAAGGGGCGUCAUUGGCUAUAUCCAAGCAGGAGGAUGAAAUUCCAGGUAAUCCUGACUGAGCAGGAUGAUGUCACACGAAAGACAACUAACCUCUUGAAUCCAGCUUUGUUCCCAUGUACCACAACUGAAGAAGGCCCAUUGGAACAUGAUUGUGUGGAAGUGAUAGAACACACCUGCUCAGCUAGAGCAGAUUUGAAAGACGUCCCACUGGAACAGGCAGACUGGGAGCUGUUUACAGAUGGAAGCAGUUUUGUGGAGAACAGGACCAGAUAUGCUGGAUAUGCGGUAAUAACAACAGGUGCAGUGGUGGAGGCAAAGGCCUUGCCAGCAAACACAUCUGCCCAACGAGCAGAACUGGUUGCCUUGACCAGGGCGUUAGAGCUGAGUGAAGGGAAGAAAGUAAAUAGAUGGAGAGAUUCAAAAUACGCUUUUGGAGUGGUGCAUGUACACGGGGCACUGUGGAAAGAAAGAGGACUGCUGUCUUCUAAAGACACGCACAUUAAACAUCAAGAUGCAGUCCUGCAAUUAAUAAAAGCAGUACAAAAGCCUGAGCAAGUAGCAGUCAUGCACUGCAAAGCUCACCAAUCAGGAAGCUCCAAAAUUCAUGAGGGAAAUCGGAAAGCAGACUGGACAGCCCGACAAGUUGCUCGAGAAGUGCAAACUGCAAUGGCAUUGAUACCUUUAAAAACUCCUGUAUCUCAAUUCAAUUUACCUCCAGAACCAAAAUAUUCAAUAGAAGAUGAGAAAUUGGGACACUCACUGAAUGCACAGAAGAAUUCAGAAGGGUGGUAUGUGACUACACAGGGAUAA